AUGAAUGCAUUGAGUGACGGUCAUGAUCUUAUAUGGCACAGACAGGUUCCCAUGAAGGUGUCGAUUCUAGCAUGGAGACUUUUGAAAGAUAGGUUGCCAACGAAGACAAACUUGGUUACUCGAGGUAUUGUCCCAACGGAUGCUCGCUUUUGCGUUUCUGGAUGUGGUGAUGCCGAACCGGCACAUCACUUAUUUCUCACUUGCAGUGUUUUCGGUUCUCUUUGGUCGAUGGUUCGGGCUUGGAUUGGUUCUAUGGCGGUUGAUGCCAAUAGCUUACCUGAUCACUUUGUUCAGUUCACUCAGUCAGCAGGUGGUCAGCGAGCACAAUGGUCUUUUAUGCAGCUUAUUUGGCUCGCUUGUGUCUGGAUUUUGUGGCAUGAGAGGAAUCACAGGUUAUUCAGGAACACGACCUCUUUUUUACAUCAAAUGUUGGAUAAGGUCAAGUUGUUUUCAUAUUGGUGGUUGAAGUCGACAAAUGUCUCUUAA